AUGAAGUCCAUCAGUGUGGUAGCGUUACUGGCGUUGGCCGCGUUUGCCAGUGCCGAGUGGAUCGACAUCGAUUGGUCGCAAGUUAAGCCAAUCGACGAGUUCGAUCACUACUGGACUCGUCUGCCGGCCGAAUUGCAAGUGUACCGCUACGCAACUCCUUCCCAACGCAUUGUCAACGGAGUGGAAGCCCUGCCAGGUCAGUUCCCGUAUCAAAUAGCGCUGCUUAGCAACUUCGCCUCCGGAACCGGUCUGUGCGGUGGAACCGUCCUCACAAACAACUUCAUCCUAACGGCGGCUCACUGUCUCGUCGAUGGUAAUAAUGUUCUGGCCUCUUCUGGUACGGCCAUCCUGGGGGCUCACGAUCGAACGCUCGUCGAACCGACCCAGCAGCGCAUCGGCUUUACUCAGGCUGGAGUGUUUGUGCAUUCGAACUACAUUGCAUCGACGAUCCGUAACGACAUUGCUACAGUGCGUCUGAAUAGCCCAGCUCAGUUCAAUGCUCGUGUUCAACCCAUCCGAUUGCCAGCCCGUUCCGAUGGUCGCGACUUCGCUGGAUUGGAAGGAACUGCAUCCGGAUUCGGUCGUACGUCGGAUACCAACCCGAACAGCGCUGCUGUCAUUAGUUUCACGCGCAAUCCGAUCCUCUCGAACGCUCAGUGCAACACCUUCUGGAGCACGACGUGGGUGCAGGAUCAAAACGUGUGCCUCAGUGCUGUUGGUGAUCGCACAAUCUGUCAUGGGGACUCUGGUGGUCCACUGACUGUCCACGAUGGUGGCAGCAGCCUGGAGGUUGGAAUUUCUUCGUUCGUGUCGUCAGCAGGUUGUGUGUCGGGAAUGCCCUCGGCCUUUGUGCGCGUCUCGUUCUUCCGGGACUGGAUCGAACAGAACUCGGACUACGUAUUUGACGCUUAA